UAUAUGUCACUUAGUAUAUAUCGUGCCAUAAGUAGCAUCUCUACAUUCAUCGCGGUUGGCCUUUUUUACCUGAAGUUCUAACUCAGCUUACCAUCAUUAUUGCAUAGGGCGAACUAUUUGGCGAGUCCUUUGCUGGUGAUCGCAUACGCAAUCGCUGGCAGAGUGGACAUCGACUUCGAAAAAGAACCACUAGGAAAGCGUCCGGAUGGCAGCGAUGUGUACCUGAGAGACGUCUGGCCAACCAGGAACGAGAUACAUGCCGUCGAGCAGAAACACGUCAUACCUGCCAUGUUCAAGGAAGUUUAUGCCAGGAUACAGAAAGGUUCAACUAACUGGCAAUCGCUGGAAGCUCCAUCGGGGCUCUUGUAUCCUUGGGACCCAUCUUCAACGUACAUCAAGAAACCUCCAUUUUUCGAUGGUAUGACGCGAGAGCUUCCCAAGAAGCAGCUCAUCCAUAACGCUCGAGUGUUGCUCUUCUUAGGAGAUUCCGUCACUACCGAUCACAUCAGUCCUGCUGGGUCCAUUGGUAGAACUAGUCCUGCAGCUAGGUAUCUUGCUCAGCGUGGCCUUACCCCGAAAGAGUUCAAUUCAUAUGGUGCCAGAAGGGGCAAUGAUGAUGUCAUGGCCAGAGGAACUUUCGCCAACAUUAGACUUGUGAAUAAGUUCAUGAGCAAGCCAGGACCUAAAACCAUUUUCCUUCCUACCAAUGAAGAGAUGGACGUGUUCGACUGCGCGCAGAGGUAUGCAAGGGAGAACACCCCAUUGAUCGUCAUCACUGGAAAGGAUUAUGGAUCUGGAUCUAGCAGAGAUUGGGCAGCUAAGGACCAUACCUACUUGGGCAUUCGAGCAGUGAUAGCAGAGUCCUUUGAACGUAUCCAUCGCUCCAACUUGGUGGGCAUGGGCAUCGUGCCAUUGCAAUUCCUGCAUGGUGAAAAUGCCGAAACACUGGGUCUUACUGGUAGGGAGGUAUACAAUAUCGUCAUACCAGACGUGAAUGACAUUAAGCCGGGACAACACAUCCAAGUACAGACCAACACCGGCAAACAGUUCCAGGUGAUUCUGCGUUUCGAUACUGAAGUGGAUUUGCUAUUCUACAACAUGGUGGUAUCCUUAACUACAUGAUUAGGAAGAUGCUGAGUGCUAUUUAGAACAUUCCAAUUUACAACUUGUUCAGUUUGGUUUCUGGUGGUGAGGGGCAUUUUAUAUUCAUUUGUUGCUGAUUCUCAUGAUUCAUACGUAACUGACGUCUUUACAAUAUUCCACACGUAUAGUCUAGUGAUUGUCUAACUUCAACAUAUUAUGUUUCACUGACUUGAUUCAUCUGACCUAGCAAUCUCUUGCAACUUGAAUAUUAUAUGUAUGUUUUGUUUAAUAUGUAAAACAACAUAUUAGAAUAUGAUUGGUAUGUUACUUAACAGUUAUAACAUCAAACAUUAUUGAAUAAGUGGCUGCCACAUGUAACCAGUACGAAUAUGUUUUACAAAGACCGGGGUUGUUAUUUGAGUCAUUUUGCCCUGUUGAUUUACCGAAUAUGCAUUUCCAAUAACUUGAAAGAUCAUCACUGGACUAUAGUUGGGGUAUUUACAUGUUCACGGAAGUGACUGGUUCGGAUAACCUAUCACUGUUUGUAUUAUGCUAGGCAAUAAUAUUGUAGGUGGUCUUUUCAACAUU